ACAGCUCAGUGUGGGUUUCAUUCCCCUGUGACGCGUUUUUGUGUGUAAAUUAAUUCCUGCGCGUGUGUCAAGUGUUAUGUCUUAAAAUAUUUAUUCCCCUGUUUACCACGCUCAUCUUGCGAUUUGUAAAAUUGUACUGUUUAAUCCACGGGUGCUCGGGCUCCUGUUUCCCUGCAGUAGACGUACACUGAGCAUGCUGGGACAGCACUGAGGCAUCAUGGACCCCGAAGAGGCAGAACUUCAGAAUGACUACCGAUACCGUAGUUAUGCAGCCGUCAUUGAGAAGGCAUUGCGUAAUUUUGAAUCCUCCAGCGAGUGGGCUGACCUCAUAUCUUGUCUUGGAAAACUCAAUAAGGCCCUUCAGAGUAAUCUAAAGUACUCUCUGUUGCCGAGGCGGCUGAUCAUUGGAAAGAGAUUGGCUCAGUGCCUGCACCCGGCUCUGCCCAGUGGCGUCCACCUCAAAGCACUAGAGACCUAUGAGAUCAUCUUCAAAAUCAUUGGCACAAAAUGGCUGGCUAGAGAUCUAUUUAUCUACAGCUCGGGACUGUUCCCCCUGCUUGGCCAUGCAGCCAUGUCAGUAAAAAUGGCUGUGCUGACCCUAUAUGAGCGAUACUUCCUGCCUCUACAGAAAGCUCUGCUGCCAAGCCUGCAGGCCUUCGUCAUGGGUUUGCUGCCUGGUCUGGAGGAGGGCCUGGAAGUCUAUGACAGGACAGACGCACUGCUGAUGAAGUUGUCCCUGCUGGUGGGUCAGUCGGUAUUUUAUGGGGCACUGUGGGGCUCAGCUCUUGUGUGUCCACUUGUGCGGCUCCCUGCUUCACUAUUCAUCGUCACACACUUUGACCGCAUGGUCACCGGCCGUGAGCAGAAAUGCAUGCUGGGCAAUGACCACAGACUAGCUGUGAAGGCGAUGUGUCUCUCCCUACAAGACACUAAUGUACUGGUCCAGCGGAAUAUGUUGGAGAUUCUUCUCUACUUCUUUCCCUUUGCCACAUGCCUGGACCCAGAGACAUGUUCUGUCCCUCUUAAAUGGGAAGAGAUGAUCACAGUGGUGUCCGCGGCCUCCCUUACUCUGCUCAGGAGGGACAUGUCUCUUAACCGGCGCCUCUACGCAUGGCUUCUAGGCUUAGAUAUUAAAGGGGGCAUGGUGGCUCCGGAUACAACCCUGUACACUACAGUUGAAGAACAUACUGCAUACUACUUUAACACACAUUCCAGAGAGCUGCUAGUGCAGGCCCUAGUAAAUAUCCUGCAGCAGAAAGACAUAGAGAAAGACCCAGAUAAUGUAAUGAACUAUCUCAGACCGUUCCGUGUGUUGAUCAGUCUGCUGGACAAAUCAGAGAUUGGGCCACUAGUCGUGUCUGAUGUGUUGCUGGAGGUGGUCAGGGCCUUUUAUAGUUACUGUAGAGAGUUGCUGGGAGAGGAGUCGCUUAAUUCUAGUCACUCUGGCAACCAGCUAACAAGUAAAAUCAAAGAGAAUAAACAUGUUUCUGAGAUCAUAAAGACAGUCAAUAUGUUGGUCGGAGCCAUGAACAGUGAAUACCUUUGGGACUACAUGACCAAGCGCUUCCACAACUGUCUCAGUGGGUUGAGUGACCCAUCAGGACCAAAGACCACUAAAGACUGGAGUCCUUCUCCAUCAGUGACGGAGCUCUCAACCCUCAUCAUCUUCCUCCUUGAUGUUAUUCCUUUGGAGCUUUAUGCUGAGAUCCAAACACAAUACCUGCCUCAGAUGCUGGGUAGCAUGCUGCAGUCUUUGUGUGCCCAUAUAAAAUCUCUCAACUUAGCCGAACUUACACAGACCAUUAGAGCAUGUUUUAAAGUUCUAAGUAAGAUCCAGAUGCCUGUAAGCUAUAUGGACAUGGAAGUAGGGUCACAGACACGGGAGGUAAAGGAAACAAAGGCUGCAGUGACAGAUAUCCAAAACGAUGAAACUGAUACCCAAACCAGUGACGAUAAAACUCAAGAAGAUGAAGUUACCAUAAAUGGACUGGAUGCACAAGACAUGGGUCCUGAAGUGGCUGUGUUCCCGUCCCUUUCCUCUGAAGACAGUGGACUGGGCCUCAGCGCCUCGCCUUCUGAGCAGCAGCUUCCCCCUGUCCGUGACUCAUCCAGUCCUGCUUCAGGAGUUUGCACCAAGACAGAGGAUGUGUGGAGGAAAGGAGGGAGCAUGGAAAAUAUGUCCAAGUGCAUCCAAGACAUACUGACAUCUGUUAUUACAAGGCACUUGUUGCUGGCUGUAGAUCCAGAAAAGCAGAAGGGUCAAGAGGAGGUGAAUCUGGCAGAGCACCGUUCUCCACGGCAUGGAAGGACAAGGUCUUCAAAUAGGCGGGAGAGCAGCCGAGACCUGGAGCUGAUCAAAGACAAACUGGCUGGGCUCUUCAUCCCUGGUAAGUUGCGAGAGCAAUCUCAGGAGGCAGUUAAUGAAAAUCAGGAGAAAGGCUCUGGACCUGCACUCCUUCAGUGGACAGUGGGAUUUCAGCCAAGAGGGAAAGGAGAGAUCAGCGAACACUGUCGACAUGCCUUUACUGCUGCAUGCCACCUCCUGCUGGAGAGCACAACUUUCCCUGUUUACUACACAGAGAAGGAGAGCCAAGAGCUUCACAGCAACAUGUUCGAGAACACCACAGGUAAUAAAGAUGGCAGCCUCCCUGAAUGGCUGAGGUCCUUGAUGAUUCUAUGUUGCAUUUCAAAGGAUUACCAGGUUCAACAUGUGGCGAUUUCUUCUCUCCUCGAGCUAAUAAACCACUCUCAGUCAUUAGCUCUGGUCAUCCAGGACAAGAACCAACGCUAUAAAAAAUCAGAGGCAAACCCUCUCAGUGGACAGCUGCAGAUGGUUACACUGCCUCCCAUCUACCCAGCAGUGCUUAAAACGAUGGAGCUACGUACAGACUUUUACCAGCGGGCUGCUCAGGUGCUCUGGGCUCAGCUUGACACAGAACGCAAAGAGCAGCAUAUUUCCUGUGUGGAGCUUUUCUAUCGACUGCACUGUCUGGCACCAUCCACAGCCAUCUGUGAGGAUAUUAUCUGCAUGGCCUUGCUGAGCAGAGACAAGGUUGUGCGUUUGGAGGCUCUUCACAGAUUCUCUGUUUUGUGGCACCUCAUGCGUGAGGUCCAGAUGAAUCGCAGCACUUCUCUGAACCGCUCUUUUGACCGGUCUCUGUUUGUGGUGUUGGACAGUCUAAAUAGUCAAGAUGGUAGUGUCAGUACCAUCGGGCAGAGUUGGCUGGUGAGAGCUCUGUCUCUCGGCGAUGUUGUCCGUAUCUUGGAGCCAGUUUUACUUCUACUGCUGGAUCCAAAGACAAGAAGAACAGCCAUUCAGAACGUCAAGCGAAAUUUUUCAGCUGGUAAUUGGAGUGCAUUAGGUUACAAAGACAGGACCAACCAUAAGAGUGCUGGAGAUGGUACUAUAAAUCAAAUAGGGGAUAGCUUGUUGAAUCACAUUGCUAUAGUAGACCGUGAAGCUGUAUGGCUUGACCUGCAGCGUGAUCCAGAGCUUCAUGGAACGCCAUCAGAUUUCCUUGUAAUGUCUCGCAGUGAAAGCGAGGAAACUGAAGGAGAUGACAAUGACUGCAAAGAAGACGAAGAAGAAGACGAGAGUGAGCACACUGAGUCGGCUGACUCAAGUGGAGCCCAGAAUUCCACAGAGACUUCAAGCUCAGGCUACACACCUUACCCGCAGAGACCUGCUCAUGGGGAAGGCAUUAUGGUCAAUGGCCUGCGACGAGGGGAUUCGGAGCGUACACAAGCUUCUGAUUCGAUGUCAAGUGAUGAGGAUGAUGGACAGCUAGAGGCCCUGGCCAAAUCCCAUCUCUUGAAGCAGCAACGUGAGAGACAGGAAGCAGUGGAUUCACUAUUUCGACAUAUCCUUCUUUACCAACAGACAUACGAGAGCGAACGAAUUCUGUAUGCCUUUGCAGUGGUGGAAACGUUGCUGAAGAGCAGCGCAGGUCCAUUUGUGGAGGCACUAAGUAGCACAGCAUUGGACUGCAGCUCCACUGCGCACCUAAACCUCAUCCAGAACCUACUACAGAGACAUCGGCAAGCCCAGGAGGGUGGUAGCUUUUAUGGUCCUCUCCAGAAUUCCACCCCACCUAAAGCUGGCACCCCAGAGCAGCCACCCUCCUCUCCUCUUUCUUCUCCUUCUAACUCCUUAUCUCCUCCCACUUUACUUCUGGAGAUUCUGAUAUGCCUCUGCUUGCGAUUCCUGCGCUCCCACUUCCCUUCUUAUGCUUGUGUAAAUGCCUGUCAUGUGCAGGCAAACCGGGAGGUGCAGGUUAAGAGUGUGGAAGUCUUGACAGCACUGGUGGAACAGCUAGUGACCAUGGCCCAGCAGGCCCAGACUGGUGACACUGGUGCCAGUGGAAGCCUAGAAGCCAUAUGUAAUCUUCUAUGGGGCAGCAAGUUACAGCAGUAUGUCCUCCUUAUGCUCUCCACCUCUAUGUAUGUCAGUCAGCGUGGAGAUGUCCAAUACCAAAUGACCAAGGAUGAGCAGGGUGAUGAUGCGGGCGAAAUCUCUGGGGAGAGGCUGGUUUAUUGUGGACGAGAUGAGAGCUGGGCUGAACAUCCAAUUCAGAUUGCCCUUCUGAAGCUGCUCAAGGUUCUUAUCAUACUAGAACAUUGUGUAUGCCCAACACACACUAAGAAGCUUUUACAAGGAGAUAACCAGUUCCAGCAGUCCCUGGAGGAUAUCCCUUCUUCUGCCCUAGCAAGAGAGUGGCAUUCUGCGUUAAUGUUUCAGCAGUCCAUUAAGGCUGUUCGCUAUGUGGCCACCCAACCCAUUACAGCACAGGGCAUGUUUGUGUCGGCAGCAUCCCAAGCGCUGUGUCCACAGUAUGGCUAUGCCAUGCAUCCAGCUUGGGUGACAACGCUCUGUCAGAUUCUACCUUUCCUUGGCCGGUCUCUGGCCAUCAUUGUGGCACCCAUUAUCACACAGAUUUGCAGAAACCUUGAUGAGCUUGUUAAACAGCAUGAGCAUGAUGGUUUUAAGGCUACUCAUAGCAGUAACCUAAAGAAGGAGAACAUUGCACCUGAUUAUCCACUCACUCUGCUGGAGGGGCUUACUACUCUCACGCACUACUGCCUCCUGGAACACAAGAAGUCUGCAGGUUGUGAUGCAACAGACAUGCGGAAUGCUUGUAAUGCCAUUUUGGAGGAGUUUCCUAAUAUGGUGAGCACUAUGGCCUUGCUUUGGGGUGUGAUCAAGGGUGCUGACUUGGCCUACAGCAGCAGAUCUUCCUCCACCUCUGUCUAUUUCAAAAGCACAAAGAUCCUGAAACAGAAAGUUUUGGGGCUGCUGACACCAUUGACUCAGCAGUAUGGAGUGCAAGUCAUGGCCUCAGUGGCUGCUGUAUGGAACAGUAGGAGGAGCCGAAAGAGACGCUUAAAAAACAAGAUUUUGCCAGUAGCCAGUGAUUCCCAGAUGACAAUUGUAGACUUAGUAAAGUCAGUGACCACGGUCCGCACCGACACCAUUUUGCAGCUCAUUAAGGAGGUCGUGAAGAAACCCCAACAAAUCAAAGGAGACCAGCAAAAGCCAACUCUAGUUGAUGUACCCAUGCUGCAGUUUUGCUAUGCCUACAUACAGAGUCUUCCUGCUCAGGAUCUUCAGGAAAACAUCAUGCCCAUCAUUUCUCUACUUAAAGAUUCUGUGCAGCUUAAUCUUGCCCCACCUGGCCAUUUCCUCCUUCUUGGCAUCCUGAAUGACUUUGUAAACAGACUCCCCAACAUGGACAACAAGAGAGAUUCCAAAGAUCUUCAGGAAGUGACCCAGAAAAUCCUGGAGGCGGUAGGCGCUGUGGCUGGCUCAUCUCUGGAACAGACUAGCUGGCUAAGCCGUAACCUGGAGGUGAAGGCACAGCCUCAGAUCUGUCUGCAAGAGGAUGAAGAUGAGCCUGAAGGCAGUGAAUUAUAUGAGUCUGGUGGCCAAGGCAGUGCUAUGGUGUCAUCGUCGGCUCCAUCGGUGUUUAGUGUCCAAGCUUUGGCUCUGCUGGCUGACAUUCUUGCCCCUCUUCUGGAUAUGGUGUAUCGAAGUGAUGAGAAGGAGAAAGCUGUCCCCCUAAUCUCCCGUCUCAUGUACUAUGUUUUCCCUUACCUGAAAAAUCACAGUGCCUAUAAUAUGCCCAGUUUCAGUGCAGGAGCUCAGCUGUUGAGCAGCCUGAGUGGUUAUGCAUACACUAAGCGUGCCUGGAAAAAGGAGGUGCUGGAACUCUUCAUGGAUCCUCUUUUCUUCACUAUGGAGAUGUCUUGUGUCUGCCAUUGGAAAUCCAUCACAGACCAUCUGCUCACACACGAGAAGACCAUGUUCAAGGACUUGAUGAGUAUGCAGAGCAGUUCUUUGAAGCUGUUUAACAGUGCUGAGCAAAAGCCCAUGUUACUAAAACGGCAAGCAUUUGCCAUGUUUAGUGGAGAGAUGGACCAGUACCACCUCUACCUGCCUCUAAUACAAGAGCGUUUAACAGAGAACCUGCGGAUGGGACAGACACCAGCAUUGUCCGCUCAGAUGUUCCUGAUGUUCCGUGUUCUGUUGUUGAGAAUCUCACCACAGCACCUCACCUCCCUCUGGCCCAUCAUGGUUACUGAACUGAUUCGCAUCUUUGCAAGGCUCGAAAAGGCUCUGCUAGAGGAAAAAGAUGUUUCAAAGAAUAAGCGAGGUGGUCAAGAGAAGAACAGCCAGAGGACAUUUCCACGAGCAGAACUGGACAUGUAUCUUUCAGCCUGCAAGUUCCUGGACACUGCUUUGUCAUUCCCUCCAGAGCACAUGCCUCUGUUCCAAAUGUAUCGCUGGGCCUUUGUGCCUGAAGUAGAUGUAGACAGUUAUGAUGGGCCAGGUACCACUUUGCUGGAGGGCGAACAGGAAUGUAAACCUCAUGUGGUCAGGGUACUGGAAGGCCUUCACAAUCGUUAUGGGGAGCUGAAUGGAACGGUGGGAGAGUCCGCAUCUGAGUGCAUGGAGUUCCCGCUUCUCAAUUUCCACUCACUUUCAUCCAUCACACAGCUUGUGCCAUUCCUCCAAACCCUGUGCUGCUCCUUCUGCAGCUCGACACCCUUUCCUCAUCCUCCCGCUGAAUACCCGCCAUCGAGUGCAGACAGAGUGCUGCAACGCUUAGAGCACAUCACAGAGGAAGAGUUUUUAGACGGUAUGGAUUCAUAAGACUCAGGCUUUUAGCUAAGCGUUUAAUUUUAAACUCGAUGCUCUGUUUUUAUCUUACCCUGCUAGUCCAUCUUAACUGCUUAGAGAGCAUGAAGAAGUCAAAGACCUUGUAAUGUGAAAUGUGAUUUUGUUUUGUCUCUUGUGAUUGAAAUUUGUUUUCUUUUGUAAUAUUGCAAUUUAAAGUAAAGCCUUAAGGAUUUAAGUUCAUUAUAUCAGUUAAUUACUUUUAUGUUAACAUUUUAUGUUAUAAGGCUGAAAAGACUGGGUAUUUGACAUUAUGAACAAUAAAAGAUUUGUCCAACAAAUUUGUCUAACCAAAGGACUGCUCAAAUCUAAGUCAAAAUUUUUACAAUAGAUUAAUUGUCAAGCCUUAAACAUGGUUUAAGGUUUUAUACUGCAGCAAAUGCAUAUAGCUUUUGUGAUGACAUGCACAAAUAUAUUGAAUGCACAAACUAAAUCUUUGUGACAUUUAUUUCAUGAGACGUUUGUUUUUCCCCUGUGGUUUUAAAUAGAGCUAUGCAUGUAAUCUAGUAAAACAACACAUGAAGCUCAGUUUUGGCAUUUAAAGGAUUUCAUAAUGUGCAAUAUUUAGGCGACGCUUGUGGUUUAACGAGUAUUGAUGACAAACGGAAUAUUGUGGGUGCUGCUAUAUCAUAAUCAUGAAUAAGGAGCUGUGUUGCUUGAUAACUUAUUAUAAUCUAUUUGGUUCGUUCCUGAGAACUAUGUCUGUAAAAAAAAAAAUAUCUAGUUAUUUAUUUAUUCAUCUUUGUCCUUGGACACCUUUUAAAAGACCAUUCUUUUAGUUUUAUCAUUACCCAGCCUUUAUGCUUUGUCCACUUUGUUUGGUGGUGGUGAAUCAGUAAGGUUGAGCAGCUGGACAUAUUGGUUUGGACAUUUCCUUAACAUACUUGAUCAAACCUGUAAAUAGUAAUGGGAGUCUGUAACCAUUUCGUAAUCAACCAUCUGUGCAAAUAAACCAGUUGAUGAUUGACUAAUUAAUCGGUUUAACCACAUAAUACAAUGCUUUUUUGAUACUUAAAGGGAUAUUUGGCUUAAAAGGCAUUAAAAGUCGGUUACUGUAAGUCUUUAAAAUUGAAAAUUAACACAUUGAGGUGCAUAUAAGUACAAUGCCAUAAGUCUUGGUCAUUCUAAAUUUUCCUGCUCUGUACAGCGAGCAUGAAGUUUAUCACCUGAACUGCAAGUAGAGUGUAAGUAAUCAGGGCCAAAUUCCACAACACUUUGUAUGUACAAAAUACAUUCCAAGUUCAGUUGAGACUCAUAUAAAGGUUCUGUUGUCCCACUUGGCUAAAUCAAGUUGCUACUGUAUCUUUCAAAGUUACAAUGUACGAAUGUAAUUUUUUUUUCCUUUUAUGGCUUGUUCAGAUUAGAUAUAUGACUUUUCCCUAGAAAAAUCUUACAGGUCACCUUGAGAUACAUCAUCUUCUGUAUACUAUGCCAUACAUCAUUUAAACGAUCAUUGUAAUUGUUAUAAAGAACGGAAAAAAACUAACAAACCCUCAUCCUUUAUUGCAUUCAGGAUUGAAGCAACACAUUUUUUUGUCCUUUGGGUCUUCUCAACAACUCUCUCACUUUAUUGAUAAGCUUUUAUUUUAUUUAAGGAUCAUACACAUACGUGAGUCUGCACACACAUGAUUGUGGUUAGAAUGAAACUUUUCUUAGUGUAUGUAUUGCUUUGGUAAAUGAAUUAAACACAAGGGCACAAUUUAGGUUAAAUGGGUCUAUUACAACUUUGUUACCAUUUUUUUUAUUGCACCUCAAGAUUACAAAAGAGUCAUAAAAUAAUAUUAAAAUAAAUAUGAUCCAUUUAAAUAACUGUUUCAUUCUAACAGUAAAUUUCCAUGUUUUUGGGACACAUUUCCGAUGUAUAUGUUGAAGUGUCUGGAAGAAGGUUAUAGCUAUUGGCUCAGUGUUAAGUACAUCGUAUUUCAAGUUUGUUUUUUUACAUACUGUAUACAAAUAUACUGUCUACAUGACACAUGAGUUGUUUGUUGUGCUUUUCUUGUAAACUGGCUUUCCCUCUAAAAACCUGUUAAGCUUAAAUGUGAUCUGAGUGUUGAACUAGGGUGAGCUGUUUAUUUUCAAAUACAUAUAUUGUUUAUAACAUUCUUUAUGACAUUCCUUAGACAUUGAUUUUUUUUAUUUUUAUUUGUGGCUAUAAUUUAACAUGGGAAAUAUUACGGUGCUUAUACACUACCAGUCAAAAGUUCGGACACACUUUCUAAUUCCAUGUUCUUUCCUGAAUUUUAAUUUUUUCACAUUGUAAAUCAAUGCUGCAUCCAAAAUAUGCAAUAACCUUCUUUAAACAGUUGAUAUUGAGAUGUGUCUGCUACUGAUGCUCUGUAGAGCUUUCAUGAUGGCUCUAAUUUGAAGUGCAGUUAAUUGGUGAUUUUUGAGGCUGGUAAGUCUAAAUGAACUUUUCCUCUGCAGCAGAGGUAAGUUUUGGUCUUGCAGAUUUAGCCAGUUUAAUUGCCGUGCUUGAUGGGCAAAUGUACUUGACAAUAUUAUAACUUUUGGCUGGUACUGUAUAAAAAAGUCUGAUCUAAUACCCAUAUGUACAUGAAUACACUGGAAUACACUAGAACCUGUAUAUAAAUAUGGCAGACAUUACUGGGUAUUUAAAACAGUAAGGGCUGUAAUAAUUACAUACCAACCAUGUACCAAAUACAAAAUUAAAUAUUACAUUUUAUCAGCCA